AUGCACAGUAUAUCAGGAUCGUUACUGCGUCUGGGAGCCAGAAACCAGCGCCAGGUGUGUUUUAACGGAGCACAAGUGACAGCCAAGAGAAGCGUGGUAUUUGCCAAGGGCCCAAGAGUCAGAGGAGCCAUUCGGGACCCAGAAGACAUAUUCACGGUGAAGGGAAUCAAAUAUGGACUAACCGAAGAAAACGUGAAGCCAUUGAAGACAUUUUUGCAGUCCAAACUGCAAGGCAAGUACGAGCUGCCUGACAAAUUGCUUCUACAGAUAAUCACACACAAAUCUUUUGCACACGGUACGCAGCCGUAUAACGCAAGACUGUCCUAUUUUGGAAGAGAGCUGAUCCAGCUGAGCGCUGCCAAGUACGCCAUAACACGAAGCACAAACAACGAAUAUGCCAUAAAUAACCUGAACUUCGACUCGCUUGGAUCUUACACGCAGAGCCUGAUGAAAACGGACCGGCUGCUCAAGGAGUACGCGGUUGUCAACAACUUAGAUGCCGUUUUCUUUAGACGUCUGGCUCUGCCGUCUGGAAAAGAAGACGAUAAUUACAAACCAAAAGCAAUCUGGUCCACCUUGACUGCGUCAUUGGUUGGUGCCAUUGCCUCCCAGCACGGCAAAAAAGCGGCUGAGGAAUUCAUUGAGAAAGAGCUGUUUGGCGACGUUUUUAAACAGAUUCUUCCUGCGACCAAGCCGGCCUCUGAAUCGGCUUAG